AAGUUCCAAAACAUUUUGGACGACGACAGGCAUGUUCCCACAGGAACUGAUUAUUGGUUUUCCCAAAUGUGUAAAAAUCAGCAAAGUUGCCAUCCAGUGUUAUUUGGUGCGGACCUUAAGGAUUGAAAGAAGCACAUCUAAAGACCCUGUUGGUUUUGAACAGUGUGUUGAAAAAGAUUUGCAGCACAGAGAAGGGCAGCUCCAAAUGGAAGAAUUUCCACUUCCUGAGUUCCAAGCCACUUACUUGCGUUUCAUCAUCAAAUCUGCCUUUGAUCAUUUUGUGUCAGUGCACCGGGUGAUGGCAGAGGGCACAGCAGAGAACACUUGAGCCCAGCUUAAAUUUGGGCCUCCACUUUUAUUUUUUUAUAAGGAAGUUACAUUUUGAUAGCUGCACUGCAGAGAAUGUUUAUUAUUAGCACCCUGUAUUAAAGUGGUUUUUGAAGGUAAAUGGAUGUGAUAUGUAUUCCCUGCUGGUUUAAUGUAUGGAAUAGAAUAGGAGAAUAUGGAAUCAUUUAGGUUGGAAAAGACUUUUAGGAUGAUCAAGUCCAACCACAACACAGUGCAGUUGUUAAUUGUAGUAACAGCUUUUUCAUUUUGUUACCUAAACUGUCAGCCUAGGACACCUGAACAUAACUGAGUCCAUUUAAGGUAGUAUAUUUAUGUCAGGCUUACAUAAUACAUUAAUUAAAACUCAAUUUCCUAUAAAAUGUUUCCCUUGCACUCUGAAUUAAAUAGAAAAAAAAAGUGUGAGCUACUUAAGUGGGAUGUAUUACUUCCUACUGUCAAACAAGUCCUUCAAAAGUCCUUAAAUUGGUAUGUUUCUGCUCAGCUCAAACUCAGAGAUUAUUAGAAUGAAUAUAAAUACCUGCUAAUGCUUAGAAAUAACCUGGGGGAGAGAGGCAGGGCAGGAAGGGAAAUAAUCUGAAGUCAAAUGAAGUGUUUUGAUAGACUUUUAAUAAUUGUAGAUCAACCCCUUGUUUCUAUAAAUAUUUUCUAGAAUCAGGUCACAGCCGCCAGUGCUUUAAGCUGGGACCAUCAUAACAAAUAUUCAUGGAAACAGAUGUUGAUUGAGAUUGUCUUGCUCAGAAGCCUCCUGAAGUCACUGAACGGGAACAUUUCAUAUACACAAGUGCAAUGUGUAUAUUAAUGUGAAAUCAGUUGCUUUGCAUGCUGGUGGACUCUUGCAAAUGUCACCACCCUGAAGUUCAUCCUGCAGGAAAUUCCUUACAAGUGUAAGUGUUGGUAUCCAGAGCUCAAUGGACCCAGCUCCCACAUUACUGCAUGUGGGAUAAGAGUAGUAAGUUACUAUUCUUGAACUUCUUUAUCCAAAUAGUUUUGGCUUCGAAGUCCUCUUCCUUUUCUAUUUCAGUUUUUCCAGGAUGGCACGUAUUUCCUGGGGGUGGUAAUUCCAAGGCCCCACUCCUCCCUGCAAGGGCAAUAAAAUGACACAGUGAUGCUCAAGCAGAGCAGAAAUCCUUCAGAGCACAGCAGCUGCACCAGAACUGUGGGCAGGUGUGGCUUGGGCUCCCUUUCCACUGGAGCCAUCCCUGGGAGAUGGUUACACACUGGUUACACCCUGCUGUGUCACUCAGUCUGGAUCCUGGAGGUGGGAAGUGUUCCUGGAUUUCACAGCUUAGAUGUACCUCAGGUUACUAGUGAGCCAAAAGAUAAAUAUUUGAGCAAGACUGAGGUGUACAUCAAAUAUGUACAUUAUAAAGGCCCAGACUGGUUUUGCUGCAUUUUCAUUUCUCUCCACAUUUACAGUGCAUUGUGAAAUGUUUCGCUCUCAAACAGAACAAAAUACUGUUACAUGUAAAGUAGUCUCAAGUCACCUUGAAAUUUAAAAUUCUCUGUACACUGUGCUGAUGUUUUUUACCUUGUAGAUGACCUUCCCUCCCUGCAGCAUGUAGAGUCGCUCUGGCAGUGCAGCGUAUUUAGAGCUGCUCAGGUUCUCCAUAGUGUCCAAAACCACUGGACACAGAGGGUGAUUUUUCUGAAGAAGUUGUGCUGCAAUUUUUCGAUCUUCAAGGCUUCUGUGAUUUUUAAUAAUGACAUUGUUUUUAAAAGCCCAUCCAUCUAAAACAAAUGAGGAAGGGAUUUAGCAGUGAAGGUUUUGAAUAGAUGCAAAGCUGGACAUGUACUGUGUGUCAUACCCCAAAACUGGGUUAAAAGAAUCUUACAGUUUAUUCCUAACAUCAAAACUUUUCAUGAAAUGAAAGCCCUUCUUAAGUUAUCGCAGCACUAGAGCUUUCUAUUAAGUGGCCCCAAGAUCUGGGUUUUUUUUCCCUCAUCAAACUGUAUUUUCUUGCCCUGGAUUCAGAAAUAUUUGAUGGAUUUUAGCUGAAAUUUUCCCACAUAGAUCUACCCUACAAAGACACCAGGUGGGGAACAUGUAUUAGGUAAGGUUUGUCAGUGUUGUUCAUUUUGCUUGAUUGUACUCAUUAAGCCUAUAAACCAAAAUUACAGGUCUGUGAGAAGUGAAAUGUGAGCCAGGCCAUGCCUUUGUUUAUCAGAACUAUGCAAACAAACACUUGCACACAACUCUUCCCAAUAAAGCAGAAACUAGUGAAAGGGUUUGAUGACUGACUUAGUCAUUAUCUGAGUUGCUGAAAAUGACACUUUGCUAGAAAACUAUAAAUGUUAGGUUUUAGAAAAACAUUUAAUCCUGGGGUAAAACCAGUGCCAUUGUGUUACUUAGAAUCCAGUGCAGAUAAACAAGUGUGGUUUGUUUGCUUGCUAAAUUUUUCAAAUUGGAGUCUGCAUCCUGUUCUUGGAAAAUAUUAAAAACUUUUUUUUUUCUGUCAACA